GUUGAGAGAGUCUCUCCUGGAUCAUCGGCGACCCAACUUCUCUUUCUCACGCGCAGGUCCUCCAUGAUUUUACCGAUAGAUUUAGAAGGUUACCUGAUACUUUCCGGUCCUUAUUAACAGGCAGGUUCCGAUUUGGUGCUUGAUUUCAAGUUUUGAAAACCUUUUAGGUCUGAAAUCGGCAAACGAAGGUUGUUUACUGUUCAUGUGUUCUUCAAUCGGAUUCUUUGUUUAGCAAUUAUCUGGUUUGUCUUGCGGUUGUUUUGGGGUACGAUUUCGCUUGCUGUUCUUAUUUUCGCUUCUGAAACCUGUUUUGAAUGCUGAACGAUGGCUGAAAAUUCAACUGCGCGAGGUUGAAUUAGUUACUGUUCAUCAAUGCUACUUAGGUCUGCUCUGAGAUGAUGAGAACGAACCUACAGAUGGGGGAAGCUUCCACGGCCAGAAUCACUAGGUCUAGAGUCACUGUGCGUGAGGCCAUGGAGGCUAUGGAGGAGGGUUUUCCUGUUCUGAACCUGAAAUUUGCUGGGAGGACUAAACCAGGGAGAGCUUGUGCACAUGCUGCUAAACCCCCCAAUAAGGUCCAGCCUUCGCGAUUUGCCCUUCUAGCUGACAUUCAUGAAGAGUUUCCAGCUCUUCCGUCUGGGAAGAAACAAGCUGAGGGAAAUCCCAGUAAAGCAGGACAUACGAACUCUGCAGGGGAAGUUAUUUCUGAAAAAAAUGCUGUAGUUUCUGGAAACACAUGACCUUCUACUACAGCAGUACCCAACUCUGAGAGUGCAGGAGGCUCUGCUACUAUGCUGCCAAAGGAAACUACUCCUGUGAAAUUCCAGAAAGGUGUUACUGAUGCAGCUACUUCCGCUCCUUUGAUGCCAAGUAAGAUAACUGUUUCUAACACUAUUGAGAAUCAUUCUGUACUGAUCAAGCAGGUUCAUGUACCUAAAGAGGCUGAAAAGGUAAAUAAACCAUGGAAUGCACUCUUUAAGGAUAACCGGACACCAUCCCAUGGAAUUAAACUGAGAUUUAUCCCUCCAAAAGGCAAUGUUUUGGAUCUCUCUGAUAGGGUUAUGCCUACAAUGGUGGAGAUGUGGGGACACUGUUUAGUUGGUUUCUUCACAGGACGAUUUCCUGGGCUUAAAGCUGUCCACGAGCUAAGAGAAAAAUGGGGGGUGAAAUGCUUGGUUAGGUCCCAUGAUAAGGGUUGGAUCAUCUUUAAAUUUCAAAAUGAAGCUGACAGAUUGAAGUGCUAAAUGAGGGACCAUACUCGAUUUAUGGGAAGUUACUGAUGUUGAAGUUGCUGUCGGAGGAUUUCUCAUUUCAGGAUGAGGAAUUCCUCAAGGUGCCGAUUUGGGUUAAAUUCUCGAACCUACCCAUGAAUUUAUGGAAUGAAGGCGCUAUGAGUGAAGUAGCUUCAAUGAUUGGAGUUCCGUUGUCUACGGACAAGGUCACUCAAGAGAGAACCAAUCACAAAUAUGCUAGAGUACUCAUUGAAGUUGAUGUGUCGAAACCAUCCCCAUUGUCCUUUCCUAUUCGAUUACCUUCACGCAAGAUAAUUAAUCAAUGGGUGCUUUACGAGACUUUUCCUAACUACUGCUUUCAAUGCAAGGAAUUUGGGCAUCACCCAUUUAAUUGUAAGGUACUAGCUGAAAAUGAAAGGAAGGAAAGGAAUGAUAAGGAAAUUAAUGAUACUGCCGGUGGUGCUAAGGAGGAUGAACCAAAAACAUUACAUGGUAUGAAAGGGGGUGUAACCGAAAUGGAGGCUCAAGUGCCAGAGCCUACUGUUACGACGAAAGGGAAGUUGGUUAUGCCGGAAUCUACUGUGCUGGAGGAGACCGAUAGUGAUAGCUCCGGAUAUGGAUCGUUUGAGACUGACAAUGGAUCGGGGGAGGAAGAUCUAGACCUGACAGGUACCACGGACUUUGAUGAAGUUUAUAUGGACGGUAAGGUCUUUUUUAUUAAAAAAGAUGAUACCGUAAACAGGGAUAGAAUGAUAAAGAAAAUUCCAGGUUUAAGUUGGGAGGAGACAUUUGCUAAAAACAGGAUUGCUCUUCCUAGCCUUUUUAAGGGCAGCUCAAAGGGAAAGAAAAGGAAAAAACGCCUGAUCGGAAAAAAUUAAUCUGUCUCGGUUUGUUUGGCCAUAGUGGAUCCCUUGGUUCAUUUUUUAAUGUCAGGGCAUAUGCUUUGUAUAUUGAUACCACGAGCCACGUAGGUUAUUUUUGGAAGGGUGCUGGAGAUGUUUCGUUGCUUCUGUCUUUCAGGCGAUAAUGUUUUGUUUCUGCCGGAUGAAAUUUUUUAGUUGCUGCCACGUAUCUAGGAUCAUUUUGCUUCUGCCAGAUUACUUCGAUGCUGAGACAACGAUUUUGAAGUCUCUGUUUUUGCGGCUGGACCAAUGAUUUUAAGGUUUUUGUGUUUUUGGUGUUGAUGUACUUUUUAGGUUAGAUUAGUCUAACUUAGAUAGUUUUUUUGAUCCGAACUUGAUACAUUGUAAAAUGUUAUUUUUGGGUGUUAUAUAUAUACUUACAUUUCAUCCAAAAAAAAAAUAUACUACUUGUGAAAGGACCAAGUGAAUAACAAGUGUAUUCAUUGGCCGAUUCUAGUAAUAAUUAAAAUGAAAACAUCAAUUAAU